GCUGUAAAAACAGCAUGAAUCACCUACGAGAGGGUGUGGCACAUGAGGCCAAACACCGCUGCCGCUAUUCAGCGCACUAUGAUAAUCGCAUCUAUACCUGCAAGGUUUGUUAUGAGAGUGGCAAAGAGGUGAUUGUGGUUCCAAAGACGACGGCAUCCUCUGACUCACCAUGGUUUGGCUUGGCCAUAUACGCCUGGUCCGGAUAUGUGAUCGAGUGUCCAAACUGUUCGGUGAUCUAUAGAAGUAGGCAAUACUGGUAUGGGAACCAGGACCCUGUUGAUACAGUGGUUCGGACUGAGAUCCAGCAUGUCUGGCCAGGGUCCGACGGAUUCCUGAAGGACAACAACAACGCUGCGCAGAGGCUGCUGGAUGGUGUGAACUAUAUGGCUCAGUCUGUUUCAGAGCUAAGUGUCAAGCCUGCCAAAGCCGUCACUGCCUGGUUAACAGACCAGAUUGCCCCUGCUUACUGGAAGCCCAAUUCUCUCAUCAUUAGAUGUAAAAACUGUGGAGAGGAAUUCCAAGAUAAUGAUACAAAGCACCACUGUCGGGCCUGUGGAGAAGGUUUCUGUGAUGGUUGCUCCUCUAAGACACGGCCAGUCCCUGAGAGAGGUUGGGGCCUGGCACCUGUGCGAGUCUGUGACACCUGCUUUCAAAACAGAGGAAUCCCAGAAGAACUACUGGAUGCAGCGCUGGAAGAGGAGCAAGGUGGGACUCUGAUCGCCAGGAAGGUGGGAGAAGCUGUUCAGAACACAUUAGGAGCGGUAGUCACUGCUAUAGACAUCCCUUUUGGUCUGGUAAAAGAUGCCGCACGUCCAGCAUAUUGGGUCCCUGACCAAGACAUUCAUUGCUGCCACCAGUGCCAGCGUGAGUUUAAUGCCCGUCUCUCCAUCCAUCACUGCCGUGCGUGUGGACAAGGAGUAUGUAACGACUGCUCCCCUGAUCGCCUGGCCGUGCCCUCCAGGGGUUGGGACCAUCCUGUGCGGGUGUGCGUCACCUGCAGCCAGAAAUCUGAAGAACUCUAGCAGAGCCGAACAUCACUCUACAUUAUAGGACACCCUCGUAUUUGGCCACAGUGCUUCAGAACAGGUUGGGAAGGAAGAAGCACUGCUCUCGAACCAAUGAAUCCAAUGAAUGUUUGUUUGAGAGGAACAUCUCUGCCUUUUGUUCCAACACUUCAUUCACAUCAUGCUCCUACAUAAGCUGUUCACAGUUUAACAUGUAAUGGCCUACGUAAUUUCUUCUUUUAAAGGUUAAAUACAGCAGGAAAAUAAAUGUAUGUCAAACCCUCGACAAUCCUUUGUCUACCAUGCAAUAUGUUACCUGUGGGCAGGCCCAGAUGGAAUGAACGUUUUUGGGAAAAUCUGCAGAAUGGGUUUAAACAAGGUAGAAAAAAAAA